CUCAGACGGGGGUGGUGUUGGUUUCCAUCACACCAGGCCGCCUUCUUGCCUCGGCUCCUCGUCAGGUUCGAUCCGGCUCGACCCGCCUUUCCUCCGCUGGCCUGACUCGGUCCGCCUGGAUGACUGACGGGUUGGUUUCUGGCGUUCCCCAGGGUUUUGUUUUUCCUUUUCUACUGACUGCCGCGCCGUUCUGGAUGUGAACAUGUCGGGAAUUAAUGGCGACCAGCUGCACCGCUCCACCUUGGGGAUUUACUCGAGUCUGACUGAUGAGCUCAACCCCAGUCUACAGAAACUGCUUUCACUGGGAAACCACUUUGCCCGUGCCUUCAGAGACCUUGUUGUCAGCAGCGAGGCUUACUUCACGGCGCUUUCAAAGAUCGGAGAGAGAGCUUUCUACUCCUCAUCGUCCCGCUCCCUGGGAGAUGUCCUGAUCCAGAUCGCCGACAGCCAGCGGAGACUCACCAAGGAGCUGGAGGGAGUGUUCCGCAACUUCAGUGUGGAAGUCCUGCAGGUGAUGGAGAGCAGCGUUCAGAUGGACUUCGACUACAUCUCACACAGCAGGGUGACGUACGAGAGGGAAGUCCACAAGCAGGCGGCGGCGGCUCAGCAGAGGCAGCGGAGAGGAGGAACCGGCCAGGUCUGCUUGUUUUCUUUCCCCCUUUUCUUCUCAACUGGAGCGAAACGCUUCCUGAUGUCUCUGCUGCUGGGUUUGAUGCAUAUCUGCACCGUCCGUCCUCAGGAGUACCUGCAGUUUCUGAAGGAGAGCCACCAGGAGGCGCUGCAGGAGGAGGACAGGCGGUACCGCUUCCUUGCUGAGAAACACUGCGGCCUCGUACAGUCCUUGGGCCUCAUCAUGAACAAGAUCUCAGGGCCUCUCCUGCAGAAAACCGAUGUCUGGACGGAGGAGGUCGACGCCACCAGGCGAGCUGAGCUCCAGCGACCCGCUGCUGUGGACAACGCUGGAGGGAUGAGGGCGGAGGACAUCAGACAGAUCCGAGAGGAGAUGACUCUGGGCAAGAUACCGUCAAGAGCGCCAUCCCCGGUGGGAAGCGUUUAUCGCUCCAGAGGCGGCGGCGGCGGCGGAGCUGUGACCAUGAGGGCCAAGGCGCCGCACCAGCCCUCCAACUCCAACCCCACCCUGCUGCCCUUCUCCAAGGGGCAGAUCAUCACUGUGAAGUCCCGGCAGCCCCGGAACGGCUGGCUCUACGGAUACGCCGAGAACGGCUCAGGUCAGGGGUGGUUUCCAGCCUCCUACGUAGAAGAGGUUGAUGAUCCUCCGAUGUCGUCCAGCUCCUGGAACUACACUCUACGGAGCGGCAGCAGCAUGAGCGACCUGCUGGACCAACCAGGAGUGAGCAGCAGCAGCAGGACCAGCAGCGCCAUGAGCAGCAUGUUCGACCAGCCGAAACCCAGCAGCAGCAGCAGCAGCAGCAGCAGGAGUGGAGCCCCACCUCCUCCGCCUCCUCCACCCACACAGUCCUCAUCUAAGUCGCAGUCAGGAAGAUCGCAGAACGAACUCUUCCCGAGGGGCACCAAUCCGUUCGCCACGGUUAAGCUGAAGCCCACUCACACCAACGACAGAUCUGCUCCGGUACUAUACCGGAGAUGACUUCUCGACGAGGGAAGAGGCGUUUCCGUUUAGUUUGACAGGUGGACGAUUGGUGAUGGCUGUUUUAUUGAACCACAGCAUUAUCUGUGUGCCAUAAUAAUGCCUUUUAACCCAAAAACAAAACAAAAAUACAUCAUAUUUGUUUUUUGUUUUUUUUUCUUAUAGUCGUAUUCUUUCCUGCAGAUUAAUUUAACCAGAUGUUAGAUCAACUUGACAACUAUCAUCAUGUGAAUGAGUGAAGCAGUUAGUCUUUUAAAAUUUUAAUACCUCUUGUGGGGUUUUUAUUUUUAUUUUUUUUACAAUUUUUUGUAUUGUUACAAGCACAAACGUCAAUGUGUUUGAUUUAAAGUGUAUGUGUAAGACAGAGCACACUUUGUAAUUUUUGAGGAGGUUCUCAUCGGACGGACGUGACGUGGAAUUAAAAUGCUGCAUCAUCUGCGAACAUCAGUUUUAAAAUCUAGGUUUGGACUUUAACUAGGCCACAGAAACAGUAUGUUUUGGUCCAAGCGAGAGGUUCCUCAAACAGCAUUGGCUCCUGGCCUGUGACUCACUUUAAAAACCCAAACAUUACUACAAAAUUUGUAAAGAAACAUUAAAUUUUACAUUUUAUUUUUCUAAUUUUUAUUCACCAUUCAGUAAUUAUUGCAUUGAUUUAGCAUGAAUGCUGCCUCUUGUCUUCUGAUUUUAGUUGGCAGUGAGUUUUUUCACCACAGUUGUGAUAAAAAAAAAGUAAUACCUUUUAUAUCAAUCCUAUCAAAUUGUAUUUAUUCUCCAUGGUUUAGUUUUUUUGUUUUUAGUAGCAUCAGAGCAAUGCUGCUGGACAGUUCCUUCUUUCUUUCCAGCUUGAGUAGCAAAGCAACUUGACAAAUUUUUCUGGCAGCCAAUCAAAGAAAUAAGAGCGGCAAAUAACGGUUUCCUGAAUUUCCCCAAUUUUUGAAAAAUAAAGGUUGUUUCUAUCUCCAUCUUUAGUAAGUUAUUUUAACACAUUUUAGAAUAAUGACUGGGGGGGAAAAACCCAGCAAAAUUCAGAAAAAUUUAAUUCACGUUCAUUAAAUUUUGUUCCCCUCAUUUAUUUUUUUUUACUUUCUUACACCUUCUGGUGUUUGUCGUUCUUCCUCGAUGUUCUCCAACCUACUAAUUGGGCAACUUUUGAAGGCAACUGAUUGCGUUUGGGUUCUAUUCAGCAGAACAAUGAAACAAUAAUCACAGUUUGAAACAAAGACCAUAAACUGUCGCAUAAAGUCGUAGUAAAAUACAUUGAAGUUUGUGGUUUCAAAAUGAUAAAAAUAUAAAAAGAAAAAAAAAAUCUAUUCCGAUUUUGGGAAUCAUAUGCGUUCAAAUGUAUUUAGCUGUAGAUAGCUUGUGUCGUUUCACAGCUCUAUAUCAGUUCUCUUUUGUUCCUGAUUUUUUUCUUCCUGCAUCUGCAGCUCCAUUUAUACCUACAUGUCCUGAUGAGAUUAUAGUUCUGUCGCUAAAUAUUAAAUGUGCCGCGAAUGCACUUCUAGAAAAUAAUGGAACCCGAGGCAGAUCAUGUAAAAACUCUGGUGUUAUGCCAUCUGUCUGGGAUGAUCACUGAUUUGAAAUUCAAGCGAAUUACGUCCAAAUAUCAUGUCUUCCUCAUUGCUAAAUUCUGGGAAUAUUAAUAAAGCCUGCUGCAUUUGUUUUCGUUCUCUAAUGAAGCAAAUUAAUGGGAGUUUAAUGUAGCAUAGCGGGAGGUUUUUAUCGCUAUUUAAGAAAUAACCUCUCAUUUUUGUGGUCCCAGUCGUCAAUGGCUCCCCGUUUAACAGUGCGCUGGAGCAAGUAGUGAAUUUAUUGACAGUCGGUGCAGUUCAGAUCUUUUUGCUCAGGCACCACAAUGGCCUACUAAAAAAAAAAAAAAAGAUCUAAGAUUCCUGCGGCGCUUAUUUGGGUCCUCCACUGGGCAUACUUAACCUAAAUUGAACCUUGGUGUGAAUCCAAUUGUGCUAAUGGCUUGACAGCAUCCUGGCUCUUCUGAGGAAAGACUCCGGCUACUUGGGAUGUUGUGGCCUUUUUAUCUCGUCCUCAGCAGAGAAUGUACAUUCAUAAAUCGGGACUUCAUCUGCUUGUUUUCCGGGAGUCUUUUACUAAUGAGGGCUAACAAAGUGGCACCUAUAACCAGCCUAAGUGCGCUUCUUGUUGUGCUUUCUAAGUAACAGCAGAAGGAGGUGAAAGAAAACCAGAAGCAAGUCAACACAAACUCCCAGUGCUAAUUUUGAGCUUUUAAUGAUUAGUCGAUGUUUUCAGCACAAAAUGGCUUGAUGGCAAACAAGUUAAAUGACUUUAAAGGUGAAUUUGGUGCAUAAGUUUGAGUUUAUUCAGUGUUUUUUCUCUAUUGAGUCCUAAUAAGCUCCAAAAUAUACAUAACACCUUUAAAAAUAUGUGGCUAAAUACUGGUUAGCAAGUCACGUUUGGUGUAAUUCUAGCUGGAUAUUUGCCUAAUCCGGUUGCAGAUUUUGCAGGAUUAAUUAGACCUUAGGCUUUUUUUUCUUUUUUUUUUAGUUCACUCCAAAUAUUUUUCAAAAAUGUUGAUAGAAACCUGAAUUUAGAUUACUGGGAUUUUAUAUGAUCUUGAAACAAAAAUUGGACAAAACGAUCCAAAACAAUCCAAGAAUCAAAAAGUGUCUUUCAAACCUUUUAACUUAAUCAGCUGAUUCUGGUUGUUCAAACAAGACGGAGAACAAGUUAGGA